AUGGCAGAAAAUACACAACUUUCGUUUCCUCCAGAAGUCUAUAAAAAAAUUAAUUAUCGACAAUAUUUUAAACACUUUCUUUCAUCUUCUUUACGCCCAGAUGGAAGGUCAUUUUUUCAAUUUCGUUCUACUUCAAUAAAUACAGGAAGCCUUACUAAUACUAAUGGAUCAUCUAUUGCAAGGAUGGGAGAUACCAUUUUUGUCUGCGGAAUUCAAGCAGAAAUAGCAAAACCAUCAAUCAAACAUCCUAUAGAAGGAUGGAUAGUUCCUCAUAUAAUAUUAUCACCCAUUUGUUCUGAAAAGUAUAGAUCAGGUCAUAAUCAUGUAGCUCAAGCUAUAUCACAAAAGAUUGUGUCUCUUAUACAAGCGUCUAAUAUGUUACCAUUAUCAUCUUUAUUAAUAUCCAAAAAUAAAGCUGUAUGGAUUUUAUACGCAGAUUUAAUUUGCUUAAAUUAUGAUGGAAAUGCUAUGGAUGUUGCUUGGAUAGCAUUAAUGAGUGCUCUGGAAACAACAAAACUACCUAUAGCAAAAUGGAAUGAAGACACAGAACGUGUCAUAUGCGAAAAAAAGUACAAAAAUCUUGAAUUAAAUCAAAGACUUUUUUCAAUGUCUUUCGGAGUUUUUGAUGGAAAAUAUAUUCUAUCAGAUUUAUGUGAUGACGAAGAGAAUUUAAUCCCAGAAACAAUCAAUAUAGUGAUUGGUAAUAACAGACAAUUGUUUAACAUUAAUAAAACUGGAGGAACUUCAAUGACGCAAGAAAUGAUUUUAUCAUGUAUAGAACUAGCUAAAAAAAGAUAUGAUGAACUAUAUGAUUUAAUCAAUGAAUCUAAAUAA